GUAUACACGACCCGUGGGAAUCCUUUAGUACUGUACAACGACCACACUUUCUCGAAACGUGGAUCGUCGAACGUCACUCUGUAUUGUUCCAGAAAAGACAGUGGGAACUGUAGAGCCAAGUUGAAACUGAACGAUAAACGAAAAAUUGUAUACGCGGAAACUGAACACACUCAUCCCCCACCAAAUAUAAUGUUAACGGAAACUGGCCAAUACGUUAAAUUUUAACUUUUUAAUUUAAUAAAAUACUAUUUCGUGUUUUUAUUUGCCACAGCAGUCUUUAUUUGUUAUUCAUCUUUGGAUAGGUAGACCUACUUUAUUGCUUUCUACAGUUUGUGUCAACGAAUAGCCGAUUAGUCCGGUAUUGCGUGCCAGUUGAGAUGUAACUCAGAUCUCUAGAGACCACCUUAACUGACCAAAGACCUUACACUUGAUUGAUAGUCCAGUAUUAGCUGCGUGUCGGUUGAGAUGUCACUCACAUCUCUAGAGACCACCUUAACUGACCAAAGUCCUUACACUUGAUUGAUGAGGGGUUAAUAACAAUUUUUAACAGUGCUUAAGUGUUGAGUGGUGUUAUUAUUAAGUAGGAAUUCGGACAACAAUGUAAUCGCAAUCGUAGUAAUGGUUCCUGUGUAGUCUAUUGAUAUUUAUUAAUAAAAACGUUUAAGUAAAAUCUUUAUAUCGACCCUGUACUUCAGAUAUAUUUAUUGCUACAUCUUAUACCCAAGAGACAUUAUCUCACAGUACAAAGCCGACUAGUUAUUUGGUCUGACGUCUACCAGUACCGACGUCAUUUUAAUUCAGAACUAAACCUGUUCCGCUACGAUGCAACCUACAAGUCGAGCACAGUACAUACCACUACAUAGGGUAAAAUAUUUAAUAAUGACUUUUUUUUUUAUUUCAGAACCUUAUAAGAUUAUAGACAUGACGGCAGGAAAACCUUUGGUGAUAUACAACGGCCACGCUUUCUCCAAGCGUGGUUCUUCCAACGCGUUCUUAUUCUGUUCUAAUAAAGAUAACGUAUAUUGUCCAGCAAUGUUGGUGCUAAAUGAUGAGGGAACUAUAGUGUUUUCCUGUACCGACCACAAUCAUCCUCCACCAAUUACUGUAUUGACAAAAUGUGAGUACGAAAUUAUAACUAUUAAAAACAAAAAUGUACUCCUGUACAAAAAUUUCACGUAUUCCAAAAGCGGUCCGACGUUCCAACAUUACUAUUGUUCGAAGAAGCUUACACUAAAGUGCAAAGCGAAGGUGAAGUUGGAUAAGGAAGGAAGAAUUGAGUUAGUUGAUGAUAUACACAAUCAUCAACCACCGAAGUUCCAUAGGAGCCUUGAUGGAAAAUAUCAUCUUAUUUAAGUAGAUUUAAUAGCGUCCGCGUCUUCCGUGCGCGUCGUACCUACUUCUUUUUCACUAAAUCUCACUUGCCAAAUUUUCUUAGACGUAUUAAUAAAAUCGAAGUGUAGUAAGCAUAAUAUAUGUAUAUAUAAAAAUAAACGAUAAACCAUAUGUAUAAAACCGCAUUAAAAUUUAUUUCAAUUGUAUCUGU